GUGGCAUCCGAGGAGAGGCAGCUGGUUACAGUCGGGAUGAAGCUGGCUGUCAUGUGGUUGUGCCUUCUGCAUUUGACCGUUGUCGUUGCCGGACAAUACACCCGCAAAGAGCAUCGCAAAGACCGCAGCAAUGCGCCGGCCAAAGCCCCCCAGAAGCCUCAGCCCCUCGGCACAGGGUCUGUAAUCUCAGGCAGACAGAGACCACUGUUUGCGAGGAGAGGACAGUAUGAAAGACAAAGGAUCCAUACAAAGAAGCCCAGAGUGGUCCCCAGUCGUCCAAAUGGCGCUCUGCCUCCUUCCAAAGCGGCACCAAAACCUGUGAUGCCGAAGUGCUCUCAGCUGACACAGAGCUGUUUGCCCCAGUUUGGCUGCUGUGACACAAGCGCCGCAUGCCACUGCCGCUUCUUCAACGCCAUCUGCUUCUGCCGCCGGUCCAGCAGCUUCUAUGACGACUCAGCUGUAUUUUUAUUGGAACCCUGCCAAGCUCACCUGUUUCUUAUUUGUGGUUUUACUGGCUGUGCGUCUUAUGUGUUUGAUGUUUGCUUUAUUGGUCUUUGUGUGUAUGCAUUUAAAGGUCUC